UUCUGUUUCUGCCGCUGCUCUGACUCCAGCCUUGGGGAAAAGGAAACUGAAACUCAAAUCCCCGCCGCGCGCGGGCUCCCAGACACGCCCCCUGACGUGGGCAGCUCGGCCACAAAAAGGGCUGAGCCUCCAGACUCCGGAGGCAGCCGACUCAACACUGCCUGCGGAGGACCUCGCUUCAGAGCUCAGAGCUCGCAGCCAUGAACGGGUACGUGAAGGUGAAGAUGCUGAGCAAGGAGUUCCAGGUGCCCCUGAGUGCCUCCAUGAUGUUAUCAGACCUGAAGCAGCAGAUCACCCAGAAGACCCAAGUGCCUGCCUUCCAGCAGCGCCUGGUCAUCGAGUCCAGCAGCACCGAGCUGCUCGACGGGGUUUCCCUGCACAGACAGGGCCUGUCCCCUGGCAGCACAGUCAUCCUGGUGGUGCAGAGAUGCGACAAGCCCCUGAGCAUCCUGGUGAGGAACGACAGGGCCCGCACCAGACCCUACGAGGUCCUGCUGACGCAGAAGGUGGCUGAGCUCAAGCAGCAAGUGAGCAAGCAGGAGGGGGCGCCGACCAACCAGUUCUGGCUGAGUUUCCAGGGGAGGGCCAUGGAUGACCAUCAGCAGCUGGGGGAGUACAACCUUCAGCCCAACUGCAUCGUGCAGAUGAAUCUGCACCUGCGGGGGGGCGGGGAGGGGCCACGAGGGCCCCACUGAGGUUGCUGGUGGCGAGUCCCUGACCAAGGGCCCAUAAUAAAAGUUCGUGCAAAGCCACUUGGCUGCCUCUGCU